AUGGGACUCGGGAUUAAACACAAAGAAAGGACAUCAAAAUCUUGACCACAAUGUGGAUGAAGAUGGAGAGAGUUCAAGUGAUGUUCAAAUAAUCGAUACUCCAUGUGAGUUAUCUAAAUCGUCAAAUACAUCACAUCAGAUUGAACCAUAUAUAUCUCCAUAUGUUCUGCCUGCUAAAGUAACAUCAACAAACACGCAAGAACUGAUGUUUGUAUUAUGCACAUAUAUCAUGGGGAUAGACAACGACAAAUAUUUAAAGAAACAUUGGAUUCAGAGCACUAAACCUUAUCCAAUUUCUUUAAGUCUUCAAAAACUUAAAGAUAUAUUGGAUGUAAAUAAGCCGAUGGAUACAGAUUGUUUUAACAUGGCUGUUCGGAUGAUCGCAUGCAAUGAUUCCUUGUUCUUGUUGGAAGACAAAUACCACUACAUGGAUCUACAGUUCUGUGUAAGUUCAAGUAAUUAGUCUUUAUUCAUAUAAGUGUGUUCAUUAUAUAAUUAUUUUACUAACAAAAAGUAGUCCAUAACUAAAUUUGGUCGAGACCCUCGCCUUCGUGCAAAGCCAGAUAUCAACAUGUUGGCAAAAUUAUUAGAAUGUUGGCCUGACAUGGAGUACGAUGUUUCAGAUUGCAAACAAAUUCUAUUGCCCUUUUCUUUCUUGGGUCACUUCACCUUAUAUGUACUUAACAUGGACACUAGAAGCAUCUAUAUAAUGGACUCCAUGCCUAUACCAUCAUGGUUUAAGGGUGAUCAUCCUAGCAUGCAUUAUAUUCAUAAUAUACAUUAUAUUGCCAAUAAUAUGAAUGCUGCCAUGGAAUUGGUCAAUCCUACAUGGAAAGACGAUAUUUAUAUGUGGCGUCGUAUAGUACCAACAUGGGUUCCAAGAACAUUAAACUGGGAUUUAUCUGGCUUUCUUGUUAUCAACUUUAUGCACGAUUGGAAUGGUAUAAGGUUACCCUGCAUUUGCACUAAUGGGAAUGACCUGAGGACCAAAUUCUUAGUAGAAUUAUUGAAGUACAAGGACAAUGAAUCCAAAGACAAUAUUCCAGAAGAAAUACAAGAAAUUAUUAGGCACAUCAGAUAGAUAUGAUUUUAUUUGUAAUGAUACUCAACUUAUUAUCCUAAUUAAUUUUAUUGCCUUUUAGGUUCGUAGUAUCGUUAGGAACAUUUGCCAACAUAUAUUUUAGUUAUAUGUUGCAAAUAUGAAGGCAGUUCAAAUUUCUGUACUUUCAAAGAUGCAUUGGUGUUUUAGAAGC